AUGAAUUGUCAACGAGUAAAUUUAAAUAUAUCGGGUUGUGGAAUAACACCAGGUCCUUUAUUGAAAUCACCAGCCGGAGUGUGGUCAACUACAAGUGCAGAAAAUCCUCCAACAUGUGGUGAAUUACUAGCACGAGCAAUAGGCUUAGUUAAAACUCCACUUCGUUCACUUGAUAUAAGUGUAAAUAAUAUUGGCCAGCCAAGUGAUAGUACCCUUUCAAAUGCUAUAUGUUUGAGUUAUAUAGUGGACUUGAAUUUGAAGAGAUCGGGAAUGGGAUCUAUGGCUAAAGCAGUAGCAGAAUCAGCGGCUGCUGCUCAAAGAUUGAGAAGAGAAGCUGAAAAAGGAAUAAGAUUCAGACGAAGCGCGGGCAAACUUGUACAAGCGAGUCGAGUUGCAAAAGGAAUGAAUAUAGAUACGGAUCCACUGUUAUUAGCUCAACAACUAUCUGCUAGACCUUCAAUAGUAUCCGUAGCAUCAGAAGAAGGAAUGCAUAGUAUUCAAACUCAGCCAUUACCAUCUGAUUUUGGUUUUAUUCCGACAUUUAAGAGUCCACUACCGUCAUCACGAUGCUCAUCCAUUACUGGUCCUCCAACUUCUCGAAGAUCUAGUCACCACGCCAUACUGGAACCCGUCAAAGAAGUUCGUCGGACAGCUCUUGUUCGUCGUGGUUCAGAUGGAUCUCUGUUACAACCACGCAGUGCUAAUACUCAAAGGCAUAUUAAAAUAUUUGUUUCUUAA